AUUACGGUGGCUGGCGAAAUAGCCUCACGAUCAUUGCACUCAUUGUAUCAUGAAGAACUCGACAAAACGCUAUCACUUCACAAGGGUGCUCGCAUCCCAUCAGUCGUUCAAAGUUGUUGAUCAAUCGGAAAAGUUCGGACGAACAAAUUCGGCAGAUCACGUGCAGAUGCAGGUUCAGUAAGGAGUGCCGAGAGCCUUACGUCCGCAGCAGUCUUGAACUCCCCAUGGGACGCAGGAAGAUUGAGAUACAACCCAUCCUGCACGACAGGAACCGGAGCGUGACCUUCCUCAAGGUAAGCGAAAGUCACUUCUAUCGUAGUCGGCGGGUGCGUCUGGAUGGGCCUAGACGAUGUCGUCGUCUCCUCUCGCAUCCUGCAAGAUGCCUGGGAGAUACGCCACUCAGGGCCGUUGCGGGGUUUCCCAAGGAAGAAUCCGACCCUGAUCUAUUUUCUGUCGCCUAUUGGUCUUGGCAUGAUGCUAAAGUUGGCACACCUAGCGCAAGAAUGGUUUGUUCAAGAAAGCGUUCGAGCUCGGUGUCUUAUGCUCCGUCGAUGUUGUCGUCGUCGUCUUUGGGCACAACCAAAAAUUAUACGAGUACUCAUCUGCGGCUAAUGGCAGCACGUCUCGAAUACUAGAGAGGCGGAGAAACUACACAGGCGAAAAGGAAUCAAAGGGUCCACAGGACUUUGGUGGGGACAAAGGCGAUCCCGAGGAUGA